GAGACGUGGCUCCGGAGUGGCCAUAUUGUGCGGAAAACCGACACAAUCCAAGUUACGAGGAAGGCCCGUCGCCCGCUUCACGACAGUUAUAAUCAUGGUGCUGCUGGCCGCAGCAGUCUGCACGAAGGCUGGAAAGGCCAUAGUUUCACGGCAGUUUGUGGAAAUGACCCGCACAAGAAUUGAAGGUCUGUUGGCUGCAUUCCCUAAGCUGAUGAACACAGGGAAGCAGCACACGUUUGUAGAAACAGACAGUGUGCGCUAUGUUUACCAGCCCAUGGAAAAACUUUACAUGGUCCUCAUCACCACCAAAAACAGUAACAUCCUUGAGGACUUGGAAACACUCCGGCUUUUCUCGCGCGUGAUCCCUGAAUACUGCAGAGCUCUGGAGGAAAAUGAAAUCUCAGACCAUUGCUUUGAUCUGAUAUUUGCAUUUGAUGAGAUUGUUGCGCUUGGAUACAGAGAGAAUGUGAACUUGGCCCAGAUCAGGACAUUCACCGAGAUGGACUCUCAUGAGGAGAAGGUGUUCAGAGCAGUCAGAGAGACCCAGGAGCGUGAAGCGAAGGCAGAAAUGAGACGCAAGGCAAAGGAGCUUCAGCAGGCUAGGAGGGAUGCCGAGCGUCAUGGCAAAAAAGCUCCAGGAUUUGGAGGGUUUGGAAGCUCGGGCAGUUCGUCGGUUUCCAGCAAUGCAGCAGCUCUUAUUACAGAGACCAUUAUGGAACCAGAAAAGACAAAAACUGUUCCUGUUCCAUCAAGGUCAUCUGGUCCUAGCAAAGCCCUGAAGCUUGGGGCCAAGGGGAAAGAGGUGGAUAACUUUGUGGACAAACUCAAAUCUGAAGGCGAAACAAUUGUCACUCCUUCUUCUGGCAAGCGUCCGUCAGAAGUAGCCAAAGUGCUUACACCUCCUGUCAAUAUGGAGAGCGUCCAUUUGAAGAUCGAGGAAAAGAUUUCCCUCACAUGCAGUCGGGAUGGUGGACUACAGAAUAUGGAAGUCCAUGGACUCAUCAUGCUCAGGGUAACAGAUGACAAGUUUGGGCGGAUUCGUGUUCACAUUGAUAAUGAAGACAAGAAGGGUGUCCAACUGCAGACUCAUCCCAAUGUGGAUAAAAAACUGUUCACAACCGAUUCUGUGAUUGGACUGAAAAAUGCAGAAAAAUCGUUUCCCCUCAAUAAUGAUGUUGGAGUGCUAAAAUGGAGACUUCAGACGACAGAUGAGGCCUUCAUUCCUCUCACCAUUAACUGUUGGCCAUCUGAAAGUGGGAACGGCUGUGAUGUAAACAUAGAGUACGAGUUACAAGAGGAAAGGCUGGAGCUGAAUGAUGUAGUCAUUACUAUCCCCUUACCACCAGGAGUUGGGUCUCCAGUGAUUGGGGACAUAGAUGGAGAUUACCACCAUGACAGCCGGAGGAACACACUGGAAUGGACUCUGCCAGUCAUUGACUCCAAAAACAAGACUGGAAGCCUUGAGUUCAGUAUUGCUGGACACCCCAAUGAUUUCUUCCCUGUAAAUGUGUCCUUUGUGUCCAAGAAGAAUUACUGUAGUUUACAGGUGACCAAAGUGGCCCAGGUGGAUGGUAACAGCCCUGUGAGGUUCUCCACUGAGACUUCUUUUGUGGUGGACAAAUAUGAAAUCCUGUAACAAGUCUACAGAGUCAGUCCAUUGCAAACUAUCCUUUCUUUUUGAGAUUUUGGAUAAAACCUCUGAAGGCUCUAAUCCUUACAGCAGACAGAAAAAUAUACACAGAUUUGUUUUGACAGAUUUUGUCCCUUUCUUCCCUUGAGGGGGAAUCCACAUUCAGUUUUCGGUCUUGCUCCGAUAUAUCGUUCCCCUUUUUUGAUAAUGGGGCAGUGGAUUUACAUAUGUUUAUGGCCAGGUAGAGGUUUUUUCUUGCCCCCCCAGCCUAUAUCUCAAUAUUGUCAGAUACAUUCAUUGGAAAUAUGAAUAAUAUAUAUAUCCAAAGUCAUGUUAACAGAUUUCUGGAUUAAUCUAAUCGUCCUGCUUUGGUCAUCGUUAAAGUAAAUUUUCCCAUUUAAUGUUUGGAUGGGAAUAGGGAUGGAUUGUGUCAUGAAAGGAAAGAUGUGGGGACACCUGAAGAUUUGUGGGCAGGGGUAUGAAUUAAGGGGUCAGGUUUUUUUUGUUUGUUUUUGUAACCCAAUAUAAUUGCAUAGAGGAUCCGCACAUUCCAUAGUACACAGAAAUACUGCUCUGUAAUCCAGUAAAUAAAUCAAAGUUGAGAUUUAAGUUGGAA